AUGGCAGAUUUUGGUAAGCAACAAACGCCCGCCCUGCCAGCCAAACGAUUUAUUGCUCUGGGUGGGAUCAUUGGGGUCGGGUUCUUUCGUGGGUCCAGUUCUACAACGGCCCUGGCGGGACCGGGCGGUGCGAUGAUUGCGGUCUUCGUUAUUGGUAUUAUCGUCAUCGCUAUUAUGGAAGGGAUUUGCGAACUCAUUAAUAUUUGGCCCAUUCCAAAUGCUAUGGUGGAGUUCGUCAGAUCGUUCGUCGAUGAAGACCUGGGUAUUGCCGUCGGAAUUCUAUACUGGUACACCUAUUGCGUCAGCUUCAGUGCACUUAUCAUCGUCGCUGGAGACCUGACAAAGUAUUGGGGUCUAUCCCAUGCUUGGAAAUCUCUCACUUUCGCUGCUGCUCCGUGGAUAUUGCUGGCAAUCAAUGCCGCCCCUGUCAACGUCUUUGGCUGGGUGGAGUUUGUUGGCGGUGUGCUCAAACUUUGCCUCGUCGUUGGUAUAAUCAUCCUGAUGUGCCUGAUUAACGCUGGGGGUUGUACCAUACAUCACCCAACCCAAGUCCAAAGCUGA